GUCCUCCUCACACGAUCCUUCCACUUCGAAGUCCAAAUGUCGCGAUUCGAAACGUUUCCUCUGUUGGCUGGCGCCAUCACGCUCUCAGAAGCCUUGGACGACGAAACUGAUGUUCUCCGAAAGCUAUCCUACCCCGAAAAACGGCUAGAUUUCUACCAAUAUCUUCAUUCUCAUGCUGGCGAAAUCGAAAGCAUCGUAUCGCAUCACCUUGGGGUCUCCAGAGACUCUUGCCGAGCCCCAUGGGUCAAUGAAUGGGUCCACGGGAGCUUCAACGUUUGCAUUCCGAUAUACGUCCAUGCCGAAAAAAGGGUCGUCAUCCGGUUCCCUUUGCCCUACAAGAUAGGCGAAGUGACGAACCCAGGCAAUGCUGAGGAGAAGUUCCGUUGCGAGGUUGCCACCUAUGCCUGGAUACAGUCUCAUUGCCCUUCAAUUCCGAUUCCGCGCCUCUGGGGGUUUUGCUUUCCGGGUGGAUCAAGUUUCACAGCCAUCCCUCAAGCGCCACUCCUUUCGCGGCUGGGCUGGUACAUGCGACGGUCAAUCCGUUGGAUCCUCGGGUGGCCUGCUAUUUCCAGCUAUGUCAUCCAUCCGCACCACCAGACACUCACUUCUGGAUACAUGGUGAUGGACUACGUGGAAAAUGGACGCAUGCUGUCUGCUACUUGGGACACCGUACACAACGAUGUCAACAAACGACUGGUCCUCUACCAAGACAUAUCUCGAAUCAUGCUUUCACUGGCACAGGUCCAGUUCCCUCGAAUUGGUUGCUUGACAGUGGAUGACUACGGCGUAGUUUCCUUGGCAAAUCGACCACUGGGACUCCAUCUCCACCAACUUGAGAACGACGAGAUACCAACGGGGAUCCCGCGAGGUCUAACCUACGCCACCACUGAUACGUACUUGAUGGAUCGACUGUCAUGUCAUGACAAUCGGAUCCGCCACCAACCGAAUUCGAUCCUCAACCAAUCCGACGGGGAGUCGCAGCUCUCUACUUUGACCAUCAUGCGCGCUCUCAUACCGCAUUUCACGCUGAAGGAAAGGAGGCAUGGUCCUUUCAUUCUCAUGCUCACAGAUCUCCACCCAAGCAACAUAUUCGUGGAUGAAGAUGGGCAUGUGACGUGCAUCAUCGACCUUGAGUGGGCAUGUACGUUGCCAGCGGAGAUGCUGCAGCCCCCUUACUGGUUGACCAACAGAGCCGUCGAUCAGAUAACGGGCGACCAUCUGGUUGACUACGGCGAACGACACGAGGAGUUUGUAUCUGCGUUCCAGGUGGAAGAGGAGGCUUCUGGGAGUGUUGCUUCCUACGCUGAGGUGAUGAGGAACAGCUGGGAUCGAGGAGGCUUUUGGUACUUCAACGCCAUCGAAAGCUUUAGCGGCUUCUACAGUCUGUUCCUGCAGCACAUUCAGCCCAAGUACGGUCCAGAAGCUACAAAGGGUUGGAAAGAGUUUGAGCGAUUAGUCACGCCGUACUGGGCUGUCGGAACAACGAGGUUCAUCGAGGGUAAGGUCAAGGAGCGGGAACAGUAUUUGCAGCGAUUGAGGGAAGUCUUUCAGCGAGCCAGCGACGGUGGCAGGAUAGAGGCAUAGAGUUUGCAUAGACAUUAGCCGAGUUUGCAUCCUAG